AUGCUUAGAGGUAUAAGGAACAAGAAUGUUUCUGAUUGUAAUGUUUCUGAUUGUGAUGUUUCUGAUUGUGAUGUUUCUGACUGGGAUGUUUCUGAUUGUGAUGUUUCUGACUGGGAUGUUUCUGAUUGUGAUGUUUCUGACUGGGAUGUUUCUGACUGGGAUCUUUCUGACUGGGAUGUUUCUGAUUGUGAUGUUUCUGACUGGGAUGUUUCUGACUGGGAUGUUUCUGACUGGGAUGUUUCUGAUUGUGAUGUUUCUGACUGGGAUGUUUCUGAUUGUGAUGUUUCUGACUGGGAUGUUUCUGAUUGGGAUGUUUCUGACUGGGAUGUUUCUGAUUGGGAUGUGUAUCUGGAGUUGG